CACAGUAAUUCGUGCGCAUGUACAGCAUGUGUGUGUGUGUGUGGAAAAUUUAAUUUUAAAACAAUCCCCCACUUUUUAAUCCAACCAUUCAUCAGCAUGAGUACAACGAAAUACAAUUUGAAGAAUCCAGGUGUGAAAAGAAUUAUGCAGGAAGCAAGAGAGCUUGCCAAAGAAAGUACAUUCGAAUAUGAUGCUCAUCCAUUAGAGGACAAUAUAUUCGAAUGGCACUUUACUGUUCGAGGACCCAAAGAUACGGACUUUGAAGAAGGAAGAUAUCAUGGUCGUAUCAUACUACCCAGCGAAUAUCCAUUUAAACCACCCGAGAUCAUCUUUUUAACCCCCAAUGGACGUUUCGAGUUAAACACAAAGAUAUGUCUCAGCAUCACAGGAUUUCAUCCAGAGUUUUGGCAACCAGCUUGGGGAAUUCGUACGGUCUUACUGGCGGUGAUUGGUUUCUUUCCUACAGAAGCUAGAGGAGCUAUUGGCGGACUGGAUUAUUCCAAAGAAGAACGUCAACGCUUGGCAAAAAAAUCUGUAGGUUGGGUAUGUCCCACAUGUCAAGUCGAUACAAAAGACGCUUUGAGUGAUAUCCCUCCAGAUACACCUGCUGCUGAAAAAGAAGUGUUGCCGGAUUUCAUGAUGUCUUACAAGGAAGCCGACAGUAUUCGUGAUACAGCAGAAGGUAGCAGCGUUAAAUCACAAAAGAGCAGUGAUACAGUAGAAGGUAGCAACGAUACAUCUCAAAAGAGCAGUGAUACAACAGAAAGAAGUGUAGAUACUGCAUCAACCAUAGAAAAACAGGCUCCCCCACAAGAGAUAAAUGAGCACGUCGAAACAGAUGAGACGGAGGUUGAUAAGACUACAAAAGAUAAGACUGCGAUUCGCAAGGUCAUUGAGUCUGCUGAGGAAUGUGAGUCUGCUGAGACAGAAAUGGUACAAGAGGGGACUUUCCAGGCUAACACUCCUCGGCAACAAGGAGAAUUGGUUCAGCAAGAAGGAGAAUCUGUUCAGCCAGAAAAUGGGGUGGUACAACAGCAAACGGUAGAAAAUGUUACUACGGAGAGAUCACCCAUGUGGUUGGAUGCACUCAUUGGAGGACUAGUGUCCUUAUUAGUUGCGCUUAUUUGUCGCAAAUAUGCCAUGUAAAAAAAAAAUAACAAUAAAUAUCAGCCCAAUGCUAUUUGAACAA